GCGAUCUCGUGCCUACAUUCACAAAGUCCACUACAUAUCUCGAACGGGUUGCACAAAGUGAAGCAGACUCACUUGGACGUCAAUUCGUGGCUCUCAGCAAUCAAACUCUUUCACGAUGCAAAGAUCUCUCCUCUUUGCGGCGCGUCGCCGCGGCCCAGCCACGGGCAUGCGCUUCUUCUCCGCCAGCGCAUCACGACCAGCAAUCAACAAGAUAGUCUCCUCCGCCGAGGAAGCUAUCAAAGACAUGAAGUCUGACUCUACUCUACUGGUCGGCGGCUUCGGUUUCUCUGGGGUGCCAAACACCCUCAUCAAUGCUCUCCGCGACCGAUCCGACCUCACAAACUUCACGGUUGUUAGCAACAACGCGGGUAUGCCUGGCGUUGGACUGGGUCAGCUUCUGGAGACCAAGCAGAUUGGCACCAUGAUUGCGAGUUACAUUGGAGACAACAAGGUGUUUGAGCAAAUGUACUUGAAGGGCCAAUUGAGUCUGCAGUUGACUCCCCAGGGUACCAUUGCUGAGAAAUGCGCUGCGGGUGCUGCGGGUGUGCCAGCAUUCUACACACCUGCUGCAUACGGAACAAUAGUGCAAACCGGUGAACUUCCCGUCCGCUACAACACUGACGGAACAAUCGCCAAGAUGGCACCCCCAAAGGAAACCCGCGAGUUCAAUGGAAAGUCUUAUGUUAUGGAAGAGGCCAUCUUUGGUGACUACGCCUUUGUCAAGGUUGCCAAGGCCGAUCGUCUGGGCAACUGUCAGUUCCGUAAAGCACAAAACAACUUCAACGAAGCCAUGGGCAAAAACGCAAAAAUGACAAUUGUCGAGGCAGAUGAGAUUGUCGAGGAUGGCGAGAUUGCGCCAGAGGAUAUCCACCUCCAGGGCAUCUAUGUCAAGAAGGUCAUUAAGAGCACUGUAGGCAAGGAAAUCGAGAGGAAGGUCUUCUGGAAGAGUCCGGAGGAGCAGAAGAAGGCGCUAUUGGAAGGUGGAUCGUCAGAAGCAUCACAGAAGCGCGAGCGUAUCAUCAAGCGUGCGGCACAAGAACUCAAAGACGGCAUGUAUGUCAACCUUGGUAUUGGAAUGCCGCUUGCAGCACCCGCUUUCCUGCCCGAGGGUACCGAGAUUAUUCUCGAGUCGGAAAACGGCAUUUUGGGUAUGGGUCGGUACCCCAAGCCUGGAGAGGAGGACCCAGACCUGAUCAAUGCUGGUAAAGAAACCGUCACACUCAUCAAGGGCGCAUCAACAUUUGGAAGCCACGAGUCAUUUGGUAUGAUCCGUUCAGGACGGAUAGACGUCGCAAUGCUCGGCGCCAUGCAAGUAAAUCAAUUUGGAGACUUGGCCAACUUCAUGCUUCCUGGAAAGGUCAAGGGCAUUGGCGGCGCCAUGGACCUUGUCGCAAACCCCACUCAGACCAAGGUUGUCAUUACAAUGGAACACGUUGACAAGAAGGGCAACCCCAAGAUCCUCAAGCAAUGCACAUUCCCCCUGACAGGGCAAAAGUGUGUCAGCACAAUCAUUACAGAUCUGGCGGUCUUCGAGUGCGAUCGCGUGGAAGGACUCACACUGACGGAGCACGCAAAGGGCGUUACAGUGGAUGAAAUCAGGAGCAAGACUGAGGCACCGUUCAAGGUCAGCGAGAACCUGAAGGAGAUGAAUGUAUGA